CGGCGAUCCAUCGCCGACGCCUGAACUGGAUCCCUGUUCUCCAGAUGCAGACGUACCAUUCCAUUGCCGAAGUGUUCAUCGAGCUUCAGAAAGUGGAGGCUGAGAAGUCGGAGGAGGAUCUGAAACAGACGGAAACAGAGUCGGAGACUGAGCUAAACGGCGAGAAGUUAACGGAAACUGAGCUAAACGGUGACGUGGAAGACGAUUCUCCCAGUAGUGACAUCACUGAUUCAGGUUCUCAUCAGGAUGUUCAACAAGCUGCUGCUACGGAUACACAGAUAUGCCAGAGCCAUGAAGAUUGCGAUGCACGGUCACGUGAGAUCAAGCCUAUCAAAGGUUUCCAAGCCAAGGAGAAAGUGAAAGGCCACACUAUGAAUGUUGUGAAAGGACUAAAGCUGUAUGAAGAGUUACUAAAAGAAGACGAGUUAUCAAAACUCAUAGACCUUGUAACGGAACUCCGAGAAGCUGGCCUAAACGGGAAGCUUUCAAGUGAGAGCUUUAUCUUGUUCAACAAACAGAUAAAGGGGAACAAGAAAGAGCUGAUUCAGCUUGGUGUCCCUAUCUUUGGCCAUGUUAAGGAUGAAAACUCUAACGAGAGCAACGACUCUGUUAACAUCGAGCCAAUUCCACCACUUCUUGAGAGUGUCAUUGAUCACUUUGUCACAUGUAGUCUCAUCCCUGAAUACAAGAGACCAAAUGGAUGCGUCAUCAACUUCUUUGAAGAGGGUGAAUACUCACAUCCUUUCCUCAAAACACCACAUCUAGAACAACCGAUGUCCACUCUGUUCCUCUCUGAAUCAAAAAUGCUAUUUGGACGCAUUAUUUCUAGUGACAGCGAAGCCAACUUCAGAGGACCUUUAACUCUUUCUCUCAAACCAGGGUCUCUCUUAGUGAUGAGAGGAAAUAGUGCAAACAUGGCAACACAUGUAAUGUGCCCUUCAGAAACCAAAAGAGUAAGCAUCACAUUCUUUCGUGUACGUCCUGAAAUAAACAGUAGUCAUUCACAUCCCAACAGUUCUCACAACAACGGUGUAAUGUUGCAACAACAAUCAUGCCACUACCCAAUUACACCAACUCCAUACCUCAAUGGCUAUUAUCAUUCAGUGGAAACGAUGCCAAAACAUGGAGUACUUCGUCCUCCAGUGGUAAUGAACGCACCACCACCGGUUCAACCAAUGGUACUAUCAAGUCCAAAUGUGAUGGGAACCGGUGGUGGUACCGGCGUUUUCUUACCAUGGGCAUCAGUUAGCUCAAGAAAACAUAUGAAGCAUUUGCCUCCACGCGCACAGAAGCAGCGAUUACUUCCUCUUGCUGCGGCUUCUCCAACUGAAGAAUCCACCUCUGAACCUGUGAUCAGUGUAGAAGGAGCCUGAGACUAAGCCAAGCCACUUCGAUCUGAUUCGUGUCUAAGCCAAUGCUCUGUUUCUUCAAAUUCAGUUUAGGCUAGCUCAGGUUUUAUAGUCUUAUACAUAGAAUCAAGUUUGUUAAUUCCAAGAGGGAUUUGUCUUUUUCUGUUUUGUUUUUCUGUACGAUUUACAACGCAUUAAACUUUGGUUACAAAAACUCCAU